AUGGCUGCCCUAUCCGUCCGAAAUGCCAUGGCAGCGCGCUACAGCACCCUCCUCUCCAUGACCAUCCGCGCCCUCGAAGAAGAGACCAUAGGCCAUACCGUCAUCAACGGCGAUUUCUCAUCCUCCUUCCCCUUUACCCCCUUCUCCUCGGCUUCUAAUAAAGGCCAGGCGGGAGAGAGUCUGGGGAUCAUACCGGCACAGGAUGAUAGUCAUCCAGCGGCGGGGUUGAUGAGUAAUCACCCCGAUGGGAUCUUUUUCAAGGAUCAUAUCCAGCUGAGAGGGAUGGGGCGCAUGAGGGAUGUACCCCCUGGGACUGGGGGACUGGCGGGGGUAUUUGGGGAUGGAAGGGCGGUGGAAGAGGAGGCGAGGUUGGAAGAUGUCAUGGAUGAGAAACGCGGGUUUUUGGGAGGGAAGAGGCGACGUUACAGUGAAGCUGGAGGUGGAUCAGAGUACGGAAGAUCAAGCGUCAGUAGCGUGCCGGGUGUACCGCUGUCGGGGAAAACCAACACGCAGCCGUUACCGCACAAUCAUCCCGCAUUCUCGCCUUCGUCAGUGUCGUCUACUACGAUGCCGACGGCGGUUUCGGUCACGGCGUAUCCUGUGCCGCCUGCUGUUGGGGUGGCGGAUCUUUCGGGGAGACCGGUGGACGGUGGGGGAUCGGCGGGUGGAGCUUGGUCGGAGCAGAUGGGUAGGGAUUGGCCAGGCAAGUGA